AUGAGUCAGUCAACCACAAUCCAACCUUUAAAUCAAGAGGAAAAUACACCAUCAAAUAUAUCUAACCCUUUUGCUUUCACACCAACGCAACUUUAUCGUCUCAUAGACCCAAAAAAUCUUUCAUUAUUAAAAAGUUAUGGAGGAAUCGAUGGUUUAAUAAAGGGACUUCAUUCCGACCCACAAGCUGGUCUAAGUAGAGAUGAGUCCACCCCUUUGAAACAAAUAUCAUUUAAAGAUAUAACAAAAGAUUUGCCUGAAGACGGUAGUAUUAUAGAAAAUGAAGAAGAUAAUGCACAACAAACUUUAGUUGUCGGUCAAAUUCCUGAAGAGGGUGCUCCUUUUUAUCAGAGAAUUAAGGCUUUUGGCACAAAUUUAUUGCCUGAAAAAAAACCAAAAUCCAUUUUUCAGUUAAUGUGGAUUGCGAUGCAAGAAAAAGUUUUGAUUCUUUUAACGAUAGCUGCUUUCGUAUCAUUGGGUCUUGGUCUUUUUGAAGAUUUUGGGCCUCAUCAAAAUGAGGAGGAUCCCAAUCAACCUAAAAUCCGUUGGGUAGAAGGGGUUGCCAUUAUUGUCGCUAUCAUAAUCGUUGUUAUGGUUGGUAGUCUGAACGACUGGCAAAAAGAAAAACAAUUUCAAAAGUUAAAUGCUAAAAAAGAGGAUCGUAACGUUAAAGUUAUAAGGAAUGGUAGAGAAUCUCUUAUAUCAGUUCAUGAUAUCCUUGUAGGCGAUGUACUUCAUUUGGAACCUGGUGACAUAAUUGCGGCUGAUGGCGUUUUAAUUGCUGGACAUAAUUUACGUUGUGAUGAAUCAGCUGCUACAGGAGAAAGUGAUGCUGUAAGAAAAUUGAAAUAUGAAGAUUGUUUAAAAGAAUCAGAAAAGGAAGAUGGUGGUGUAUUUUCAUUUCACUCUAAAUCUGAUCCUUUUAUAAUUAGUGGUAGUAAAGUAUUGGAAGGAGUUGGUAUUUACAUUAUCACCGGUAUCGGUAUCAAUUCUUUUCAUGGCAAAAUUAUGAUGUCUUUAAGGUCUGAUCCCGUAGACACACCUCUCCAAGUAAAAUUGAAUGAUCUUGCCGAAAGGAUCGCAAAGUUGGGCGGGGCUGCAGCUCUUCUGAUGUUUUUAGUUCUCAUUAUAAUAUAUUUUGUUAGUUUUCGUAAUGAGGUACCAGGUGUUUUCCAAGUAUUGGAUAAUUUAAUUAGAAUCGUCAUUUCAACGGUUACUAUUAUUGUAGUUGCAGUACCGGAAGGUCUGCCUUUAGCAGUAACAUUAGCGCUUGCAUAUGCCACAACACGUAUGCUUAAGGAUAACAAUCUUGUACGUGUUCUCUCAGCUUGUGAAACAAUGGGUAAUGCAACGACAAUUUGUUCAGAUAAAACUGGGACAUUAACUCAAAAUAAAAUGACUGUUGUUGCUGGAACUAUCGGUUUAUCUGUUUCAUUUGUUAGAGAUGCCGAAGAGUCUAAAAAUAAUCCUCUUCAGAAUGUCGAUAUUUUAAAUCAUCCUAUUCCGUUACAACAAUUAAAAUCUAAACUUCCUGAAGAUAUCAUAAAUUUUUUGAACGAAUCGAUAGCAAUUAAUUCCUCUGCCUUUGAAGGUGAACUUGAAAAUGGAAAAAGAACUUUUGUUGGUUCUAAAACCGAAACCGCGCUAUUAGGAUUUUUAUUGGAUUUGGAUCUUGAUAAUAUUAAAUCUUUGAGAGAGAAUGCCGAAAUUAUACAAUUAUUCCCAUUUAGCUCUGAAAGAAAAGCGAUGGGAGUAGUUAUAGAAACUGGUUCUAAAUGGAGAUUUUACGUAAAAGGUGCAAGUGAAGUUUUGUUAAAAAGAGCAAAUAUGAUAGUGGAUUUUAAAGCCGAUGAUAAAACUGCUUUUGAAGUGAUUAAUCUAACUGAAGAACGUGCUGAUAAAAUGCAAAAUAUAAUCGAGACAUAUGCCAGAAAAAGUCUAAGAACGAUAGGGCUUGCUUAUCGUGAUUUUGAAGAAUGGCCACCAAAGAACAUGACGCCAAAUGUUGAAGGUGACAUUCCUUAUGAGGAAUUAGUUAAUGGUGUCACAUUAUUGAGCAUCGUGGGUAUCGAAGAUCCACUGAGAGAAGGAGUUCGAGAGGCGGUUCAAAUGUGUAAAAAGGCUGGUGUUACAGUUCGUAUGGUCACUGGCGAUAAUAUUUUAACUGCAAAAUCUAUUGCUACACAAUGUGAAAUUUUUACAGGUGGUGAGGUUAUGGAAGGACCUGUCUUUCGUAAUCUUUCGCCUCAAGAAAUGAAAGCGUUAUUACCAAAACUGCAAGUUCUUGCUCGAUCUAGUCCUGAAGAUAAAAAAAUAUUGGUUGGUCGUCUUAAAGAAUUAGGCGAAGUUGUUGCUGUCACCGGUGAUGGUACAAAUGAUGGUCCCGCUUUAAAACUUUCUGAUGUUGGCUUUUCGAUGGGCAUAGCUGGUACAGAAGUUGCCAAGGAAGCUUCAUCUAUCAUUUUAAUGGAUGAUAAUUUUUCAAGUAUUGUCAAGGCCAUUAUGUGGGGAAGAAGUGUAAAUGAUGCAGUAAAGAAGUUUUUACAAUUCCAGCUGACGGUUAACGUUACCGCUGUGUUGCUUACUUUCAUUACGGCCGUUUCAAGCAGUGAUCAAAGAUCUGUUCUUUCAGCUGUUCAAUUAUUAUGGGUCAAUCUUAUCAUGGAUACCUUUGCCGCACUUGCUCUUGCAACAGAUCCACCCACUAUUGAUUUGUUAGAUCGUAUGCCAGAACCUAAAAAUGCACCUUUAAUCACUUUAGAUAUGUGGAAAAUGAUUAUGGGUCAAAGUAUAUUUCAAUUGGUGAUUACUUUGAUUUUAUUUUAUGGCGGUGAACAAAUAUUUGAAUAUGAACAACUGGUGAUGAGAACUGUUAUCUUUAAUACAUUCGUAUUCCUGCAGAUCUUUAAUGAAAUCAAUUGUCGACGAUUGGAUCAUAAAUUAAAUGUUCUAAAAGGUGCUUGGGCAAAUAAAUUUUUACUUGUUAUUUUCUUUAUAAUGGUUUUCGGGCAGGUUUUGAUCGUUGAGUUUGGAAAAGCUGCUUUCCAGGCCACGCAUCUUAAUAUAGUACAGUGGUUAAUAUGCAUCGGUUUUGGAUCCUUAUCAAUCCCUGUCGGAGUUAUUAUUCGUUUGAUUCCUACUGAAUUGAUUUUCUGUGGUUUCCGCACAAACAUUGAACCUGCAACAACAGCACAACGGGAAAAGGAUUUCGAUGCGAUUAUAGAAAUGCAAAAUAGAUUAAGGAUCUUUAAAACACUUCGUGGUGGUAGAAUUAGAGCUCAUUUUGGUGAUAAAAAGGAAAAACGUGAGACACGCUCAAAGGCAUUUGCAGCUGCCACAAUGUUUGCAAGUUUGGUUCCAGCCUCAAUAGGAGCACCAAUUAAUUAUGAACAGAAUAAUCAUACCAUAAUAGAAAAUGUACCUUCUACUUCUGAAAGUCAGAAUGGCAUAAAUCCGGUCUGA